UAAAGUAAUGGCCUAUGUCUAUUUUUCUUGCCAGAAGAGAUUUUUCACUUUUGGUAAAAAAAAAAACAAACCAAAAAAAAACAACUAAGGCCAUUAUUUUAGGAGGGUGACAAUAAAGGAAGUAGUUUGCACAAGAUACUUGUGCAACUUCAUCUUUUUGCAGGCGAAAAACAAGUUUAGUUAAAAUGUGAAUGUGUGUGAUUGAGCUUUAAAAACUCUAAAUUCAUUCAACAAACCCAUCAAAUUGAGAGCUUUGUACCUCUGCUAGGUACAUGGGACCUAACAGAGGUACAACUAGAUAGGACGUAUAAAUAUAUUGAGCAACUGCUGCUGUCAAAGCUGCUGCAGUUUUUAAAACUCUGCGUAAUGGGAAGGAAACACGUAGGCAGCUAUAAAGAAGAAGUAUUCUUGAAAUUUCACUUUUUUCACAAGAUAGAAGAUUUCCUGGUUAUAGUUGUUCAGCAGGUUGAGAUGCGGGGAUGGGAAACACUUGGCUUUACGUGCUAUUCUUGUUCAGUUUAUUCAUCAGUGGAUACGCCAAAGUUCCCAAUCGAGCCAAUGUGACCCUGACACCAAACUGGCCUCUGAUAUAUAAAGGUGAGGGAGUUACUCUCCAGUGUCAGAUCCCAGGAGGAGAAGGAACAAAGUGGACGUAUGAAUGGAGAAGAACCAGGUUAAAUGAAACUCAAACAUCCCAGGACCGUAGGUUGACCAUACAUUCAGCUAAAGAGUCUCACAGUGGAGGAUACAGCUGCAGAGGAACAAGUGGAGAUGGCUCAACAGACUGGAGCGAUGUUGUCGUGUUAACUGUGUAUCAACUCUCUGUGUCUCCAUCAUGGCUGAGUCCUGGAGCCUCAGUGACUCUGAUCUGUGAGGUUGAACAUCCACCUGCAGGAACCAGGUUCUUCUGGUACAAAGCUGUUCCUGAUCCAUCAAGCAGAUCCUACAGCUAUGAGCUGCUGCCUGGCAGCUCUGAUGGGACUGAUGAGAAUUUCUACAUUGUUCAUGGACUCACUAGCACAGCAGGUUAUGUGUGUAAAGCAGGAAAUGGAAAACCAAAAUACAGAGAUCCAAGUUUUGUCUGGUCAGCAGAUCCUCGUCCAGCAGCUUCUCUCUCAGUGAAUCCUGACAGAGUUCAACACUUCAUCUCUGACUUUGUGUCUCUGAGCUGUGAGGGAAACUCUGCUGACUGGAGAGUGAUGAGGUUAACAGAAAGAGGCCACCUGUCAGACUGCUCCAUCUGGGGGACAAUGACUGGAUCUAUAUGUACCAUCAAGAUAAACUUGUCUGUUAGUGGAGUGUUCUGGUGUGAGUCUGGAUCAGGAGAGUUCAGCAAUGCAGUGAACGUCACUAUACAUGACAGUUUUUUUUUUAAUACAAUCCUGGUGAGCCCUGUUCAUCCUGUGACUGAAGGAGAUCCUGUUACUCUGAGCUGCAAACACAAAACACAACAAUUUCUCUCCAAAGUGUUUUUCUAUCACAAUGAUAAACUCCUCCAGAAUGGCAGCAGAGAGGAGCUGAAGAUCUCUGCAGUGUCAAAGUCAGAUGAAGGUUUCUACAAAUGUCAACAUUCAGGAAAAGAGUCACCAAGGAGCUGGAUGUCUGUUAGAGCAACUGUAUCCAGUCCUGUCAUGUUGAUCGUUGGACCAGUUGUUGGAAUCGUUCUCAUUAUUCUCAUUAUUCUCCUGAUCUUGUUGUGGCGCCGCAGACGGUCCAAAGGUUUGUGGUGUAUCAGAUCGAAGCAGUCAGAGGGCAGAGGUCAAACCUCACACACCGACCAUGGAGUCAACAACACUGACGGUCAUGAGAACAGCUCUCCUCCUCAUGAUAACACCAACCUCUACGCGCCAGUCAAGUCCUCUGAAACGACAGGAAAUGCUGCAGAUGAAGCCAGAGAUGUCACGUACUCUCACAUUGAACUGAAAGACAUUGACAGGACGAGGAGGCCUCGUAAAGCAGAGGAGAGCACCGUUUACUCUGAAGUGAAGUUGCAGGAGUAGGAUGAGAAUAAACUGAAAGACCAGAGGAGUCCUGCAGCAGCAGAGUCAGUAGUUUAUUCAGAAAUCAGCUCAGGAUAACAACACUGCCUCGUAAGAUGCAUGAUGUGACGGCUCUUCUAAAAGUUAUUACGAGUUAAAACUCAUCACAUCCUUCAAAAUCCCACUUAUUCCACAUGUUAAUGUUGGGAAUCCAUUAAGGAAGCUAUUUUAUGAAAUUAUUGUAAGAGCUGAAAUGCAUUUUCUUAAAUUCUUUGAUUUUGAUUUAUAUUUGCUGGUGUAAAAUUUGAAGCACAGCAACCUCUCUUUAAGCUGAUAGUUUUUCUUUAAUGCUUUGAAGGUUUGGAUGUAAAUGCGUUCUGUCGCAAAAUGCAGCAAAGAAAGAAAAUGUGAAACGUACAUUUUUUGUAGCGUUUUUGAUUUACAAUGUUUUUAAAUGUAUCAGUUGUUACUAUAAGCUCUCUGUUUCUUUUUCAAAUUUUGGUAGAAUUGGUGUUUUCAUAUUUUCAUAGUUUGUCUUUUUAUGGUCUGAGCCGUGUUUUCAUUUGCUACCUCAUCACAUUGGUAGCAUAGCAGUUUAUAUACAAACAUACAACAAUUAUCCAACUGCACAGUCAGCUUUGCAUUUAAAAUGUGAUUUUAAAAUGUGAACUUUAUAGUUUUUCUGAGCCAUUAAAUCAACCGUAUCGUGAAGUAAGAUCUGUCAAAACCCGUAUAAUUAAGUUUGAACACCUGAAGUGAUAUAGUUGGAUUUUUCUGAACGGUUUUAUGUUGUCAGUCAUCUGAUUGUGGGUUUAAUCUCACCAGACUUUAUUUAUAACUUUAUUUUAUAAUAAAGUGCAAUAGAUUUUAUUUAAUAACAUUUCACAGCUGUUUUACUUCUAGGAAACCAACUAAUUUAAAUUAGUUCCUCCCAAUCUGCAAAAGCAAAAAAAAAAAAAGAGCAGCCAGUAGUUCAUUAUCGACUGCUAAAAGCAUGUGAUUGGUUGCUAAAAUACAUACAUUAAAUAUUUGUUUGGCAUAUAUUUGACACAAAAAAAAUCUACAAAAAUAAACAUUUUUUUCAAGAAUGGUCAAUUUAAUUUUGUGUCAUUAUUCCAGAAUCAAGUCAACUUCUGGAAAUAAUUCAAAUACUGAAACACUGAGCAGAGGCAAUGAGUAAAAUCAUGAGCGAUCAUCAGGCAGUACAUUCAGAUAGGAAGUUAAAGUACUUAAGUCAAUCAAAUGGUCUAAUACUUUACUGAUUUUUUUAUAAAACUACACAACACUGAAUCAGUUCAAUUAACUUUAUUUAGACAGUGCUUAUUCACAACAAAAGUCAUCUCAGGGCACUGUACAAAAAAACAAAGCAAACAAGUGCAAUUCAAAUCCUGCUGGAUCUGUUGGUCAUUUUCACUCUAACACAGUGAUGUGAUAACCUAUUACGUUUGAACACUGAAGUAAGCAAGAUGUGAAUGACGUUUAUAAAACGUUGAACACCAAAAGUUAAUAAAUAAAACUGUAUGAUGAAGGUAAAAUUGUCAAUAAUCUGAAUAAAAAACUCGAUGGUU